AUGAAGAUGUAUUAUCUUAAAAUGUUAUUGUUUACCUUUUUAAUAAAUACAUUAGUGUUACCACAUUAUGAAAAUCAUAAAAAUAACCAUUAUAAUGUAAGCCUCAUACAAAACAACACACAAAGAACAACGAUAAAUUCACGAUUAUUAGCACAAACACAAAAUAAAAAUCCACAUUAUCAUAAUGACCCAGAACUAAAAGAAAUAAUUGACAAAUUGAACGAGGAAGCAAUAAAAAAAUACCAACAAACUCAUGAUCCAUAUGAACAAUUGAAAGAUGUAGUAGAAAAAAAUGGAACAAAACAUGUAGGUGGACAUGUUUCUGAACCUAUGUCAACGAUAGAAAAAGAAUUAUUGGAAACAUAUGAAGACGUUUUUGGUGACAAAAAUCAUGUUAUGUUAAAAUCGGGUAGGUACCCAAAUGAUGAUGACAAAUCAGAUGAUUCAUCUUCAUGUGAAUGUACUGAUGUUAAUAAUACGAAAUUAGAAAAAACAAAAGGAAAAGAUAAGUAUUUAAAACACUUAAAACACAGAUGUAUAGGUGGAAUAUGUUCUUGCUCCGUUGGUAGUGCGUUCCUUACAAUUUUAGGUUGUGCAUUUGCAAAAUCUGCUGCCCUUACUGCCUUUGCUUCUUCAGAAAGCACUAAAACUUGUAUAUCCUCUGUUGCAAUAUAUAAUUUAUUUCAGAAUUCAACUAUGCUUUCAGCUCUUAAAACAGUUGGUGGAACCUGUGCAAAUGGUGCUCCUGAUAUAGCAGGAACUGUUUCAACGCUUGCUAGCGCCGCAUUUCCCCCUUAUGGUAUUGCGGCCUUGGUUCUACUUAUAUUAGCUGUUGCACUUAUAAUAUUAUAUAUAUGGUUGUAUAGAAGGAGAAAAAAUUCAUGGAAACAUGAAUGCAAGAAACAUUUAUGUAGAUAA